UCAACGUAACGCCUCCCCCAUUUCGUGCCCUAGCCCCUUGAACGCCUCCGCCAGCCGCAACAUGAACUCCAAAGCCCCAAUUUAUCCCUUUCCUUACUUCAAUCCGCCGCUGAAUCCUUGUUCUAUGGCUCCUUUUUGACUAGAAAUUUGCUCGGAAGAGCGGUGGAAUGGUCUGGCCUCCUGUGAAUCGGAGGUUUUUGUGCGGCUUGGGUUGUUGUUUGAUUGUUGUGUUGUGGCGAUGGAUGCGGUGAAGUUGGCUCUUCCGGCGGCGGUUGCGGUGUCAAAGAUCAUGGGAUCGGAGGGUUGUGGCGGCGGUGGGGCUGAUGGCGGUGGUGCUGGUGGUGUUGGGGUUACGGUCGUGGAAGUCGAGGCUCGUGAAUCGGACCGGAUUUCUAUUGUCGUUCCCCCCGCAGUCGAGAGGUUCGGCUCUUUUUUUGGCAAGAAAGAUGAGAGAGAUGCUGUUAGUGCCAAAGAACCAACUUUCCAGAACAGGAUGGCAUGUACUGAACUGUGUAGUGAUAUUAAUAAGCCUGCUAGCUCUCAGUGUGAAAAUGCAGCUCGAGAGCUUAAACUCCAAAAUGGUUCACCUUUCCCAAUUCCAAUUCUUGAGAGUAAACAAAUACAACGAAAAUCUGGGAAAGUGGCAAGAAGUGCUACUGGUUGUUCCAAGAGACCGAGGACGGCACAAACGGAAGAAGUGUUCAUAAAUGAAGUUGAUGCUAAUGAUGUAAAGGAGAAAAGCCACUUGUCUAAGCAGAAGAAUGGGUUACAUGGAAAGCGGGGGGACAAAAGAAAUGGUAAAGUUCCCAUGAAAAGUAAAUAUGAUCAUUUCUCUCUGAAAGCUGGCAUGGGGAGCUUCAAUUCAGCUGGUGGCAGCAACAACUUUCUUGGAAUAUAUGGGUUGAAAUGUGAUACUUCUGAUAUUACAAAGCAUCUGGAUGAGUUAUCACUUAAUGAGCUCCUUGUUGGCAUUUACCAUGGUCCUAGUUCUGAAGAUAAGGGGAAGAAAGUUGGAAGUUUGAAUGAAAAUAUUCUACAAUCAGUUAGAAAGGCUUGCUCUAUUCUUCGUAUACAAAAGCCCCUACAGAGCCAAAAUUCUACUGAGAUUGAUAACAGUUGCAACCUGAAAGUUUCCAUGUGCCCAGAGAGCUCUGAUCCUUCCAUGGCAAGCAGAAAUGAUGGUGAUAAAGGAGAUAACUGUCCUGCCGAUCCUUCUUCUUUUGACAAGGUUCAAGAUUGUCUUAGCCCAACCAAAACAACUUCCAACAUUCUAGAUUUCCCAUUUUGUCAACCUAAAGAUUUACUGGACCGCCUUGGGCUUCCUCCGCCGAAGGAUUUGGAUUCUUUGCUUCUUGAUGUCACCAAGCCUGUUGUGCCUUUGAAGAACAAUUCAGAUUCACGUGCCAAGCAGAUAUCUCAUCGGGCUAGCUUACCAUCUUUUCCUUGGUCACAUAACUCCGGAGGGCAUUGCAAAUCUAAUGCCGAUGCAAUUAAAAUAUCUGCAAGCAGGGGCAUAUGUCAUGGUAGAUGGGUAAAAAUGGGGCACACUACUAUGUCUGUGGAAGGCAGGACUGGUUUCCUCACAGACUUAGACUCACUCACUUAUGAUGACAGUCUGGUUCCUUUGGGAAGUCUGAAAUGUGUGCCCUUGGGAAAUGAAAUUACCCCAUCUGCAUCUGUUGGCUUUCCUUGGUUUAAAUCAGGUUCAUCAUCAUCUGCAACAUGCUCCAGAGCUUCCCAGCUUCCUCCAGAAUUUUGUAGCAGUCUGAACAAUGAAGGAGAUGGUGGGCAUUCUCCAAGAUUAUUGGCUGCUGCUCAGACGCUAUGUGACAUUGCGGCUCAUUCUCGUUCCUUGAAGCGGGAGCUACAUACAAUGAUAAGUUGGGCAAAGAAACCUUCAGAAAAGGCCAUGAAAGCUUGCAGGUCAAAAUUAAAAGACAAAUCUGACGAUGUAUUUACAACACCAAAGUCAGAAGUUGUAACUGACAACCAGUCGAAGAAGCCUAGGCUGAUCAUCAAUGACAAGUAUGACAAUCUUGGCCAUAAUACUGCAAGAAAAGGAUCAUCAGUAAAUUGGUCUAUGCCCAGAUCAGGAAGACCAUCUACGGGCAAAUCAUUUAGAGAUUCCGUUCCAGAAACAAAACGUUAUAAUGCAAGUGAUAUGAACCUAACUUGCAUGAUGCCACCUCCAUCAUCACGGGUCUCAGACAAGGCUUCCAACAGAAGCCAGAAGCUGAGAAAGUUAGUGCCGAUGGAGUGGAACAGGGAAGCAGGGAAGCUCGACUGAAACAAUUGGUUAUCAAGUAAUAUUACUUUUCCUGGAUCGCUGGUUUAAUUCUCUGAAACGCCGUUGGUUGGUUGUUGUCAAGACUGCUAGGUUUGUACAUAUUGUGCACAACAUGUAGGCCUUGUUUGUUAGAUUUUAUCUUGAGGUAGAAAUAGGGUCUCAGUGUUGUAAUUUUAAUUGUAGUACAGGUCAGAAACUGGAUCAUCAUCCUUGCCUUGUGUAGAGCAUUGGAUGAGGCAAUGGAAAAUUCUCUCUCUCUCUCUCUC